CAGGGCUGAUUGCAGGGUUACCGCGCCCAUCUCUCCGUCUGAUGGCCGGAUGAGAGGUGAACUGGAGAGAAGCGCUCCUUCAAGGAAGGCAACGGGAAGUGGCCGCCGACGGACUUAUUCGCUGACCAAAAUCUCCUUUCGGACACCCAUGACUUCUAUUUUCAAUCGCAGUUGAGAUCUCCGUCUCUUCCCCUCUCGAACAGACUCGUUUCCCGCCCUCCGGAGCGAGUUAUUUCUGAAAAAGUGGACUCGUUUGAGAACUACCGCUGCUAGUUAGCGAGCUAGCUCGUCUUGUUCGUUGAUGCGUGGAUUUGACAGCCACACCGUCCUUUUUUUCGGUCAAUGACAUAUAAACGAAGGCCAUCUACGACAGAGAACAGAUCAGAACGUGUCCCGGUAGCAGGAGUGAGGAAGAGCUUUAGAAGAGGAAAAUGAGUGAACUGGAUCAGUUACGCCAGGAGGCCGAGCAGCUGAAGAAUCAGAUCAGAGAUGCAAGGAAAGCUUGUGCAGAUGCUACACUAUCACAGAUCACAGCCAACAUCGACCCCGUUGGCCGAAUCCAGAUGCGCACAAGGAGAACACUGCGAGGACAUUUGGCUAAAAUCUACGCCAUGCACUGGGGCACGGAUUCCAGGCUUCUGGUCAGUGCCUCCCAGGAUGGAAAACUCAUUAUCUGGGACAGUUACACCACAAAUAAGGUCCAUGCCAUUCCUCUGCGCUCAUCCUGGGUGAUGACCUGUGCCUACGCUCCUUCAGGUAAUUACGUGGCCUGCGGAGGACUGGACAACAUCUGCUCCAUUUACAGCCUGAAGACUCGCGAGGGGAACGUGCGUGUUAGCCGCGAGCUGGCCGGACACACAGGAUACCUCUCCUGCUGCCGCUUCCUUGAUGACAACCAGAUUGUUACAAGUUCUGGCGACACCACCUGUGCUCUCUGGGACAUCGAGACCGGUCAGCAGACGACAACUUUCGCCGGCCACACCGGCGAUGUCAUGAGCCUCUCUCUGGCUCCAGACACCAGGCUGUUUGUGUCCGGUGCCUGCGACGCUUCUGCUAAACUCUGGGACAUCCGUGAGGGCAUGUGCAGACAGACCUUCACCGGCCACGAGUCCGACAUUAAUGCCAUUUGUUUCUUCCCUAAUGGCAACGCUUUUGCCACCGGCUCCGAUGACGCCACCUGCCGCCUCUUUGACCUGCGUGCCGACCAGGAGCUCAUGGUGUACUCCCACGACAACAUCAUCUGCGGCAUAACCUCCGUGGCCUUCUCCAAGAGCGGCCGCCUGUUGCUCGCCGGCUACGACGACUUUAACUGCAACGUGUGGGACACCCUGAAGGCCGACCGCGCUGGUGUUCUGGCCGGCCACGACAACCGAGUAAGCUGUCUGGGUGUAACUGAUGAUGGUAUGGCAGUGGCUACAGGGUCCUGGGACAGCUUCCUCAAAAUCUGGAACUGAAUGCUGAAGGUGCUUUCAAUACAACAUGUCCAAUACAAUAUCAUUUGAACUCCAAAGUUGACUGGAAGACCAUUCCAACUUUAGAAUGUUAAAUUUCACAGCAUCGUCAACAACACCACCACCACCAACCAUCACCUUAUAAAACUGACUGACACCACCAUGAAAAGAAACAAAACUUCUAAGGGAUGCCUUUCCUACACCAAGAAGAGCACAAUUCGUUUUAUCACCCGGCUUAAAAAAAAUAAUAAAGAUAAAGAAGAAUUCCUGUGGUAUCAGAUGAAUAACUUGCAUUCCCUCUCGGACCAUCUUUGUCACCCUGUAACAGAAAACAACACUAUCAUCCCACGCUUAUAUAUCAUGUGUCUAGGAAGCAAAUGUUGGAGUGUAAUUGUACAAAUUAUUUAACUCUUCUUAUUUUUUGUUUUGUUUCUUUUAUCUGAUAGUUCAUCUUAGAUCUUUUUCCUCUUAUUUUUGGUUCUCUUUAGAUAUGUUUCUGAUUAGAAAAAUCUUUUAAUCCUGUUAUAAAACCACGUGAAAAACACAAGUCGUGUGUAACGCUGAAAGUAGACCAGGAUGAAAAAGCAGCUUUUUUGAAAAUGCCAAUCAUACGUUGUUUUUUUUUCUUUUGUGCGCUAAUGGUUGUGUAGUUUCAUGAUCGUGACUUAAGCAAGAAGAAGAGUACACGCGCCCUCCUGCGAGAUCAUAAUUCAUAUUCUCGGGCGGCCCCCAAGCAGCUUUCGACUCAAAACCGUUCCGAUUGUUAACGAUUACCACCGCUGGGCUGUUGCCAAUAACCGGGUUAAUAAAAACAGCCUUGGCUUUUUAAAAAUGUAAUGAUCUGUGCAUUAGUUGAACUUUUCAGUGUGAAUCCUGGUCCUUUGUCAUUAAAGAAAAAAAUGCCAUAUCUCUUUUUAAAUACUUUCUGAGUCUGAUGCGUCAUUUCUCUUCGAAUGGCCGUUUGUAAAUAUGGGUAUCGGACUUGCACGCGAAUGCAGCAUUAUUAUCCUAGCUAACGUUUCUUUCCAGUCUCGUCACAGCUUUGUUUGCACAAUAAGAAACUUGACUAACGUUUUAAGCGUUAACUAACCAAGCACAUGCCGUUAAUCACAUUGAAUGCUAAUUUUAACGUAGAAAACGCACAAAAAAAGUAGAAAAAAAUAAAAAUGUAUCAAUUAAAAAAAAUGCAGUCCUCUCUUUCAUUGGAUUAAAAACUGUUUAAGCUAACCCCUUAGCUUAUCUUCUGGUCUUACGUUUGUUUCUUGGUUCCUUUAAGGUUUUGGCUUGGAUUCUGAUUUUUUAUUUUUUGGAUGGUUUUUCAUCGGGGGGUGGGUGGGUGGGUUGGGAUGUUAGUUUUAAUUUCAGUGGUGUCUGUGUUUGGAAAAACAAGAUUUUUUUAAGCCCAGUUCCAGAAAGAGAACAGAGAGCCCUGUCUGUGCUUGGAAAUACAGUUACUACUAUGUGAAUGAAAUGUUGUACAAAUCAAUGUCUGAAAAUAAUGAUGAUUCUGCAAUUUUUAAGUUAAGCGUUUUAUUUCAGCUGCCAUGAAUUAACGUAGUCGCAUGCUGUAGAAUUUGCUUAAACGGGCGCUGACGUCUUUAGGCCCCGCCUACUUCCACCAGGACGGCAAAACCGAUAUGUGAAACUGAGAAAUUUCGAUCGUUAAAACUUUUAUUCCAAAUGUUUUAGACAUGCUGUGCAUACAUCCUUUACUUUGACCGGCCAAGCUAUGCACCGACGUGAGAAAUCGAGAGGGAGAAACAAUUUAACCGCAGUCGACGUGUAAAACAUGGCCAAAACCAGUUUCAAAAGCGUCCCAUCUAAGAGUACAUAAAACCCUUUUGUGCGAGUUUUUUAAAUAAAACGUUUGAUUGGAAAUCACCACAAACUUUUUUUUUUUUUUUGCUUUUUUCAAUCUUUUUGAAUGGCAUCUGAUAUGGCAGAAUAUUCUUUUGGUUUUUUCCACUGUAAACAGAUGCACUUUCUUUAAUAGUUGUGACUUUUUUAUUGUUUUUUCCUUUCUCUGCGAUAAUGUACAAUAAUUGUGAUGUAUUUGUGUGUGCUGCCACCAGUAAAGAUUAAUUGCAGUUCAAUUAAAAUGGAUUCCCCUUAUUUUCUCUCUUCAUUAAUAACUGUAGAUCUCAGCACUCCCUAUCUCACCUUUUGUAUUUAAUUUCAGUCUGUCGGUGUAACAGAAAGCUGGAUGCAACAUAGAUACUAUAUUAAAAUGUACUGUUAUUUAAGAUGUAAUAAAAACGAGUUUGAGAUGUC